AUGUUUGAGUCUCCAAUAACCUCCUAUAAUAAUACCGAAAGAAAGAGGAGGAAACUAAAGUACAAAUAUAUUAAUUAUCUCACAAGACGAUAUGAGCUUCUCAUCGGAAAACAAAAUUCUCAUAAUACAGAUUUAAAUGUCUUGCCUACACCUGACAACAGUGCUGCAGAGUUCAGUGAUGCAGAUCUUCAACAUGACGAUAUUGAACGAAACCAAAGAACAAAAAAACGACGGAGAGUUAGACUACGUAGUGUACUGAGGCCGGACGGCAAUUACGAUGAUUAUAACCCCCCAUCUGACUAUUCUAACCUAGAAGAUGGUUUAUAUGGUAAUGAUAGUGAUGAAAAUAAUGAUAGUAUUCCUGACCCUGAGAAAGAGUUUCAUUCAAAAUACCAUAAGCCUCAGGAAACUUACGAGGUUUGGGUUACAUCAAGGAAGAAAAGAGUGCCAAUUCAGAAAAAGGUUAUGGGUUACCAUACGUUUAAGAAACUUGAAAAGUACGCCCAGCAUAAAACUUCUAGUACUCUUGCUCUAGCUUCCAGGAGUUUGAUUGUCUCUUUCGAAGGAAUGCAACUAGGGUAUGAAACUUGUCCGAAGGAACAAAUAACGAACUAUCAAAGGAUGCAUCUCAACCACUUAACGAAUUUAUUAUAUAUAAGCAUUUACCGUGAAGAUUGGGAUACUGCUUAUAGAUGUUUUGCGUUGUUGAUUCGAAUGGAGCUGGUCGACUUAAGGUCAAUAUGGAAUCUUGGAUCGAGGAUUUUGGAAAAUUAUGCAUAUGAUACUAAAGAAAGACUAUUGGAAUGGAUGAGUACUGUCCAUAAUUCGUAUGAAGUAUUCAGCCAGAACACGAAGCAUCAAUUUGACCCAGUUUUUAGGAGCGGUUCUCGAACACAUAUACCUAACUAUGUAUUGGGUUGGCUUUGGUUUGUGUUAGAAGGGGCGACAAAGGGUGAAACAACUUCAUCAGGACAUUCAAUUUCCUGGCUAUUGGAAAAGAUUUCUGAACUGCUAUUAAGACCGACCUAUUCAGAUAGCCCUGAGAUGUGGUUUAUUAACGCAAUGUGUUACUUUGUACAGGCGGAUAAACUAUCUCUUCAAUUGCAAAAAAAUAGCGGAAAUGAUGCGAUUUAUGGUUCGGAGUUGGAUAUUGCAAGGAACCAGGUGAUCCAGCACAUUCAUAAUACAAAAAAUUGUCUCCAAACUACAAAAGACAAAGGAGGUUUCUCUUUUCCUGAACUAAUAAUUACAGACUUUCUUACGAAAUUUGAGAAAAGGUUGUAUGCAACGAACGAUGAAAUGAAAAAAGGACAUUCUACAGCUCAGCAAGAAACUGAAGACUCAAUCGAUAUGGAGGAUUUGCAUACUAAUGAGGAAUUUGCCCUUCAUACCGUCCAAAAUUUGAAUCCUGAAAUAGUAGCGGAUGACUAUGAAUUUAUUGAGCAGCCAAUUCAGUUUGGUAUAGACUCAGGUUAUAGUAGCAGCGAAUAG